UGGAAGUUUUUUUUUUUUAAAGUGGAAAGCAUGGCUGCUAUCGGCGUGCAUUUUGGAUACACAUGUGCGUGUGUUGCAGUAUUCAAGGAUGGACGGGCUGAUGUGGUGGCCAAUGACGCAGGGGACAGAGUCACUCCAGCUGUUGUGGCGUACAGAGAAACUGAACAGAUUGUUGGUAUUGCAGCAAAGCAGGGCAGAAUAAGGAACGCUGCCAAUACUGUGGUGAAAGUGAAGCAGAUUCUUGGCAGAUGCUAUGAUGACCCAGAGGCUCAAGCACACAGAGAUGAAAGCAAAUGCACAAUUGUCAAGAAGGGAGAUUUGCCCAUGUAUGAACUCGACAUGGGGGAGACGACCAAGUACGUGUCCCCUGAAGACGUAGCCAAAUUGGUUUUCCACAAAAUUAAAGAGACUGCUCAGUCAGCUUUGGGUUCUGACGUUAAAGACGCCGUCAUUACUGUGCCUUUUGAGUUUGGCGAGAUGCAGAAAAAGGCACUGAGGAACGCUGCAGAAGGAGCCGGAUUCAACGUUCUCCGUCUGAUUCACGAACCCUCUGCUGCACUCCUGGCCUACGGCAUCGGCCAGGACUCUCCAUCAGGGAAGAGCCACGUGCUGGUAUAUAAGCUGGGCGGCACUUCACUGAGUGUGACGGCUCUGGAGGUGAACAGUGGGAUGUACAGAGUGCUCGCCACACACACCGACCACAGCACCGGAGGAGAGAGUUUCACACAGGCUCUGGCUCAGUAUCUGGCUGGCGAGUUCAAAAAGUUGUAUAAGCAUGAUGUGAGUGGGAACCUGAGGGCGAUGAUGAAGCUGAUGAACAGUGCCGAUGUAGCCAAACACACUCUCUCUACACUGGGCAGCUCCAACUGCUUCGUAGACUCGCUCUACGAUGGCGUGGACUUUGAGUGUAAUGUGUCCAGAGCACGCUUCGAGUUGAUCUGCUCAAACCUGUUCAGUAAGAGCAUCCAGCCAAUCAGAAAACUCCUGGAGCAAGUCAACCUCUCUACCUCAGAUGUCAACAAGGUGGUUCUGAGCGGAGGAUCAGCACGGAUUCCCAAACUGCAGCAGAUGAUCAAAGACUUGUUCCCAGACGUGGAACUGCUCUGCUCGAUUCCACCAGACGAGGUGAUCCCGGUGGGUGCAGCCAUGCAGGCGGGAAUCCUGGUGGGCAAGGACAGCCUGGACCUGGGCGAGGAGUCCAUCACUGUGGACUGCUGUGCCAGUGACAUCCUGGUCAAGGAAGUGGACGAGUCUGGGGCAGACCUCUUCACUGUUUUGUUUCCAUCCGGCACGCCCCUCCCUGCCCGUCGCCAACACACGCUGCAGGGUCCCGGCAGCCUGGUUUCUGUGUGUCUGGAGCUGUACCAGGCCCAGAAACCUUUAGCACAGAUUGUUCUUAGGGACCUUGAACCUAAAGAGGAGAUGCAUGAUAUUGUCACAGUGGUUACAAUGAAGAGAGACGGUUCACUCCACGUCACUUGUACAGAGCAAGGCAGCGGCAGAUCGGAGGCUGUUACUAUAGAAACAGCUGCAGCAGCGUCAUAGGAAACCUUCAUACGCUCAUGGUGUACUAUAUUAACGUUUAAACCACAGCACCUGUGAUGCAAGUGUUCUGUAGAAACCCCUGGGCAUUCCAAAACAAUCACAUGUUCCCUCAAAUGAAUGUUUCUUUAAAUCUGACAUUUAAAUAAAUGUUGUUGUUUUUUUCC